CGGUCACAAUAACUCAGCACCGCAACAACCACCAGCGACAGCUGUGCUAACCGAUCUUGUUCCAGUCGCCCUCACUCUUGUCACUAGCACCCCAACCGAGACCAUCAAGGAGAAUCGCCCAGCGCCAUGUCGAACUCGCACAUCAUUUCGAACUUGGACAUCAUGUCGGACUCGGACAUCGCGUCGGCCCUGAACGCCGAGAUCCUCCCCAUGUCCGCCUACCUGGAAGACUACAAAGAGCGCGUCUCGGAAAACCUGCAGUACUACGGCUGGGGCGGCCUGCACGCGACACACAUCGGCGACCAGUUCCACCACGGGCGCUACACCGUCGCGGCCAAGCUGAGCCACGAGCCGCAGUGGCUGUCCUGGCUGGUGCGCGACACCGUCGCCGGCAAGUGGCGGCGGCUCGACAUGUACAGCGGCGUGCACAGCGAGCUGCCGGGCCGCAUCCAGGACGCCAAGUACGCGCUCAGCCACCGCGAGGCGGAGGAGAGCGACGCCGUCGCCGACGAGGAGGGCUACGCGCUCGAGUGGUUCCUGCACCACGGCCCCAGCGGCACCCACGUCUGCGUCGUGUACCCGCUCAACGGCGAGGGCAACUACUUCCGCUGGACCGUCUGGGACGAGAACCGGAUCAACGAGAAGUGGAUUCUGCGGCAGUGCGUUAAGCUGCGCAGGGAGCGCGGAGAGGAGGAGGAGGCCGGCGCCGGCAGCGCGCCGCAGAGCGUGCACGACAUCCCCGAGGACGAGAUGGUUCGCAUCUUGGGCGGCAGGAAGCUGAUCAUGGUCACCCCGGAGCUGCGGGAGAGGGCCCAUGUCGAGCCCGACGUUCGGGACGAGCUGCUGCCGCGCUACCUUGUUGCGUCCCCGCCGAGGAUCCAUGAUGACCUGGACUACUGGCUGAGCCCCGAGGCUUUCCAGCGUUGAGGAGGGGGAGAGAAGAUGGGAUUUUCUGUAAGACUGUGAUGGCUGGGUUGUUAUUGGGCUGGGUUCUUACUGGGUGGGAUCUUCGGGAAGUGUUGUGCGUUAGACAAGGUUUGGGGCAACCCAGUGUCUGAGGUAGUAUACUGUAGGGUGAGUCGUGAUAUCUGAAUCUUGACGGCAUGGUGCAUGAGUUGUACGGGACACAAGCAGAGCCUAGACUUCUACAUGUCUCGCAACCCAGUCAGUCUGUCUGAUAAUCUGACGUCCAGCCAGCAAUCUCCUCAAGCUGUAGCUCACCGCAACAAGACCACUGCUU